UGGGUCUAUUUGCAUUCUUUUACAUACCUACAUCCAGUUUGACCAGCACCAUUUGUUGCAGAUGUGUCUUUUCUCCAGUGUGUAUUUCUGGCUUCUUUAUGAAAGAAUCAGGUGUCCAUAGGUAUCUGAUUUUAUCUCUGGAUCUUUACUUUAAUUCCAUUGGUCAACAUGUCUGUUUUUAUGCCAAUAGCAUGUGAUUUUUUUUAUUACUAUAGCUCAGUACUACAACUUGAUAUCCGGAAUGGUGAUGUCUCUAGCAGUUCUUUUAUUGUUCAGGACUGUUUUAGCUAUCCUGGGUCUUUUGUUUUCCAUGUGAAGUUGGGCUUUGUCCUUUCAAGAUCUGUAAAGUGUCUCGCCUAUCUCGACCAGCAAGAGAAAGACGACCACGACUCUUCUUCAAGCAGUUUAUUCAGGAACCUUGUACAUUAGCUUCUCCUUCAGCUUCUGCAUCAGCUUCUCCUCUUACUACUACUUCAGCUUCUGCUUCUCCCUCUAUUAGCCCCCCCCCUCCCCCGCCGCAAGACCUUAAAAGCAAGCUCAUUACCCAAUUAACUCACGCCACCUGGCGAUCCCGGCUAGGUCACAGCUGGAGGACGCACACCAGAUCCACUAAGCGCUUCCAAAUAAGGCUUGUUUACAGCUAGGUUCGGUCUCCCUGGCAUCUAGCCAGGCGCCAUCUUGGGGCUGUGGCUCCCCACAGUAAAGAAUUGUGUUGGGGUUACGCUGUCUCUGGGUGCCAGGGUCUGUACUGAAACAUGGCAGAGGUUGGGUCCAAGUCAGUGUUGUUCGUGUGUCUCAGUAACAUUUGCUGGUCACCCAUUGCAGUGUUCAGAAAAUUGGUAACUGAUGAAAAUGUUUCAGAUAAUUGGAGGAUAGGCAGUGGGGCUAUAUCCACCUAUGAAGUGGGGAACCCCCCUGACUAUCAUGGGCAGAACUGCAUGAGAAAACAUGGCAUCCCCAUGAAUCACAUUGCACGGCAGAUUACAAGAGAAAACUUUGUCACAUUCAAUUAUAUACUAUGUAUGGGUGAAAGCAAUCUGAGAGAUUUGAACAGAAAAAGUAAUCAAGUUAAAAACUACAAAGCUAAAAUUGAGCUUCCUGGGAGCUAUGAUCCACAGAAACAACUCAUUAUUGAAGAUCCCUAUUAUGGCAAUGAUUCUGACUUCGAAGUGGUGUACCAGCAAUGCCUCAGGUACUGCAAGGCCUUCCUGGAGAAGACUCAUUAGAAGGUCCUGCCCACCACCAUUGAGCAACUCACUCACCAGAGCCGUGCCCAAGGGUGGUGGCAGUCCUUAGCCCAUACCCUACCAAUCUUUUCUGCUGGCUUACUGUCCACCUUUAAAAUAAUUGUAGAUGGAAAUUAGGUAUAUGUUCAGAAGGAUAAAAAUAUCCGAGUAAGACAGUUUGAGGUGAGGCUAAGCAUUCUUAGACUAAUUGAACCUCUCACCUUGCCCUAGUUACAAAAUAGUGAAACAAGCAAAUAUAGAACAAAGUAGAACACAAUAAAGUAAGAAUGACCUACAAGGUUCAGGUCAGCCUCUGACCCCAGCUAGCCUGGGUGGCCUGGUCUAAUUAGUGUGUGUGCAUGACCAGCACCCAGUGGUGCCAUUUGCUUGCCUUAUACCUCUGUGCUAGACUCUUA